AUGUGGAGACGGUGUUUGAGUUUCCUUGAAACUGCCUGGCAGCAGCAGCCGGUGCUUGUCCUGAGCGUUGCACUGGGAACCUUUGGUGUUCUAGGUCCGCUCGUAUACCGGGUGGAACGGCCUGAUCGCCAACGCGAACAACAACGCUUGAGGAGCAUCGCAUCUGUCGAGUCCCGUACAAACCCGGAGUACCGGUGA